AUGGCUCUGCACGACAACUUCUGGACUUCCCAGGUGGACAUUCUUCGGGGCCUCACCGUCGAACACCUCUCUGAGUUUGUCACUCUUUGGGAGAAGGUCUCCCAUAUCCACCUCGACAUCGACACGCCCGACACUAUCACUUGGAAGUUCCCCACUGAUGGACACUACUCGGUGACGUCGGCCUACAAGGCGCAGUUCUUUGGCCAUACUGACACGGCCAUGAUACCAACCGUUUGGAAGACUUGCGCAAUUUCUGAAAGUUAUGGAACUGGUGUUAUAUUAUGUAUUGAUUGUUACCUUCUAUGUCAGCAGAUGGUUAAGAUCAGGGAUCCUGAGCAGCAGCUUUAUAUGGUGGGUGUCCCCGAAGAACACAUUGAAGGGCAUGCAUUCCAUUUGUACCAUCUGACUUCUGCCGAUGACAGCGUUUCAUUUGAGUUCCAACACAAUGUUUGUGGCCGUUCAAUAUAUGCCGAAGGGUCAGUUGAUGCCGCCGUGUUUCUGUAUAAGAAGGUACAAUCAAUGGAUCCUAAGAGAAUUUACAACAUGAUUGAUGUCUUGCAAGAAGGCGAUAUGCGGUGAAGUUAGUUGAUUAGGUCUUGAUGGAUCUGAGUGAAAUUUUGAAACAACCUUCCCGUAUCUUGCGGAAACACAGGGGAUUUGGAAGGGUAGUAUUUAGUGAGUAGUGUGGACUGUGGAGUACUGGAGUUGAUGAUAUAUGUGCUGAACUGCAUGCACCCGAAUAGCUUAGUCCAGAACCUUAAAUUGUACGACCGGAAGUGGGGCAGGACGUCAAUAUUGUUCAUGUGGGUGGUAGCCUGGUAGGUAACUGUUAAGCAAGUUUUUCUGGGCUUCCCGCUCAUCCAUCUA